AUGGCAACGACUAGCCUACCCCGGAAGCUCUGGGAGCAUUCCAAUCCCGAAUCCACGCAAAUGGGUCAAUUUCGACGACGGUUGGAGAAAUCCACUGGCAGGAAAUUCGAGACUUUUCACGACAUGUAUCUCUAUUCCAUUCAGAAUCGGCCAAAGUUCUGGGAAUUCUGCUGGAAUUCCUUCCCCAUCAUUCACGAAGGCACCUACACGCAAGUUGUAGAUGAGUCCGCGCGAAUGGACAGCAUACCGGCAUGGUUCACGGGUGUCAAGCUCAAUUUUGCGCAAAACUUGCUCUUCUCCGAACGACCAGGAGGCACGGCCGGCAAGGAGGAUCAGAAAGUAGCCGUGACCGAAGUGCGCGAGGGAGAUGCGGCCAAUGCAGUGCAUCUGACCUGGGGUCAAUUGAGACAAAAGACGGGUGCACUUAUGCAGGCGAUGAAAGCCAGUGGCGUCGUUCGCGGAGAUCGUAUCGCAGUGUGCUCCUCGAACAGCAUCGACACUCUGCUGGUGUUCUUAGCAACCACGGCAAUUGGUGCCAUCUUCUCUUCCAGCUCUACUGAUAUGGGCGUCAAGGGUGUGCUUGAUCGUCUACUGCAGAUCAAGCCGCGUUGGCUGUUCAUGGAUGACGUUACCGUGUACAAUGGUAAAAAGCUUGAUCUGCGCGACAAAAUGAAGGACAUCGCUCGGGGAAUGGACUCAAUCUCCGAGUUUGAGGGAGUUGUUUCAAUUCCACGUUUCGUUUCUCAGCCUGCUGAUAUCAAAUCCGUGCCGCAUGCGGUGACUCUGUCAAGUUUUCUAGCCAGAGCAAAUGGGAAUGAUACUCUGCAAUUUGAGUGUGUCGACUUUCGAGACCCAUUUCUGGUCGUGUAUUCAUCAGGUACCACGGGCCAGCCCAAGUGCAUCGUUCAUUCGGUAGGAGGUGUGCUCUUGAGUGGGUUCAAAGAAGGCGGCCUGCAUUCUGAGCUCGGUCCAGAGGCAGUCGCUUUGCAAUAUACCACAACCGGAUGGAUCAUGUAUUUGUCUGCGGUUCAAACGCUCAUGUUUGGAAGCCGCGUGGUGCUGUACGAUGGCAGCCCUUUCAUUCCAGAUGUUACUGCACUUGUCAAACUUGCUGCUAAUGAAAGGGUCACUCAUCUCGGCAUUUCUCCCCGGUGGCUGGACGAAUUACAGCGAGCAAAGAUUCGCCCGCGUGAAAUGGUUGAUUUGAGCUCACUACGCGUCGUUAGUAGCACGGGAAUGGUUCUUCGAGAUGCUCUGUUCGAGUGGUUCUACGACGAGGGAUUCCCCACACAAGUCCGCCUCAAUAACAUCUCCGGUGGCACCGACAUCGCUGGCUCCUUCGGCACGAGCAAUCCAUUGUCUCCCGUGUACGUCGGUGGAUGUGCAGGAGGAAGCCUCGGUGUGCCUGUGGAGGUUUUUGAUUCCACCAUCGAGGGAGGUGUGGGUGUCAAGGGUGUGGCCAUUAAAGACGGCAUUCCUGGCGAACUGGUGGCUACGGGAGCUUUCCCCAACAUGCCCACAAUGUUCUGGGGUGACACGAACGGUCAAAAGUAUUUCAAUGCAUACUUUGCCCGUUUUGACGAUGUAUGGACGCACGGCGACUUUGUCUCCAUUCAUCCCAUCACCAAGCAGAUUGUAUUCCAUGGCCGUGCAGAUGGUGUGCUCAACCCUUCGGGCGUUCGAUUCGGCUCUGCAGAAAUUUACCGCGUGAUCGAGGGUCAUUUCAGCGAGGAGAUUGCAGAUUCGAUUUGCGUGGGCCAGCGCCGGCCGACCGACGCCGACGAAAGUGUGAUGCUCUUCCUGCUGAUGAAGCACGGGGUAGUCUUCACGGCUGAUCUUGUAGCUCGAGUCAGAACGGCGAUUCGCACCGAGUUGAGUGCCCGCCACGUGCCAGCUUUUGUUUUUGAGACCCCAGAAAUUCCAACGACGGUCAACCUGAAAAAGGUAGAGCUCCCCGUCAAGCAAAUUGUUUCGGGAAAACGCAUUCAACCCUCGGGCACGCUGCUCAACCCGGGCAGCCUGGAGUAUUACUACCAGUUCGCGGAGGUGGAAAAGCUGAGCCGCGAGAGCAAAUUGUGA